GUGAAAUCGUACGUACUAUAGUUCUUCGAGCUCUGUUGAAUGACUCUAAAUUUGUACAAUUUUCUGAUUUUUCAGUUAUCAGAAGGUUCCAGGAAAUAUAUUAUUCCUUUCAACCAAGAAGAUAUUCCAAAUUACGCAAUGCAGUCAUAAAGUCUAAAUCGCAUCAUUUUAGAGGAAAAUACCUGGAAGGCAGAUCUGAAAUAAUCUGUAUAUGCAAAAACAUUAGUCUUCGGGAGUUUCCAGUAGUAAGAUACCGACACUAGCGAAUCCUUACUGACCGUGAAAAGUGGGAAAGCUCCUUUUAUCCGCCGAUGAAAUGUUGGUUUACUUAAUUAUUUUGUCGGUCACAGCCAUUUCACGGAAUUACGCUGCUGACGAAGUGCAACAAGAAUCACACGUAAGAACGGAAAGAGAUGAAACACAUGCAAACAAAUAUCCGUUUCUUGCGUACGUCAAUAUCGGUAAUAACUCCUGCGCUGGUGCUGUUCUCUCCGAUUCUUGGGUGAUAACAGCCAGAGCUUGUGGAAACACAACUGCUCAAGAGCCAGGUUGGGUGUACGCCGGUGGCCGCAACGUUCAGAAGCGCAGCAUAGCGCAGCAGCAUUCCUGUCCGGACGAUCACCACCUGCUGCUGCUCCAACUGGGGCAGCCCUUCACGUUUGACGACGGCGUCUCUGCCCUCCCCAUCGUGCGGCCAGGGACUUUUUCAGACGAUGAGGGCUCUUGCGAGGUCAUCACGUUUGGAACUAAGCCCAGCGAGACGGGCUUGAAUACAGCACACGCUGUCGAAACGCGACUGGCCAGCGGCAGCGAAUGCAAAGAUACAGCGAGUGACAUCAGCGCCGUAGUCCAGAGCAGGUCGGAGGCAGCACCUUCUCUUGACCCGGCUCACAAUGGGACCAUAGUCAAAGGCGCUGCAACAGCAUCCGAUCAGCCGCUCUCCAAUGCUAACGCAGACUCUGCGAAGAUUUCCGGUGAUGCUGGUAAGAAGACCAGAGAUACUCACAGCUUAGAAGUAAUGUCACCAGAGAUGGUAGAUGCCGAUCUUCUGUGUUCAUCGGAAAUAACAGAGGAACCUGUUAACCUAAAACACUUAGGCAGUCCGGUUGUCUGUCAAGGCGUGCUCAUAGCUCUGGUAACACCGAAUCCUUCCGAUGGAACCUCGAGGGAGAAGAAAGAGGAGUCUAAAACAUAUUACACUGCCAUUGGCCCUGACUACAGCUGGAUAACGGAAAAAAUCCCUGGUGUACAAGUAGUUCCUUGGAACGAAGCAGCCAAAGCAGUAGGCAGUUCCACAAGUGGUACGCGAUUGCACAAGUAUAAGAUGCAUCUAGGUAACGCACGCAGAAGACGGCUCUCCCAAUUGGCAAACAUGAUUGCUGGGAUUGCACCAGGUAAAGAAAGCUCAGAAGCCUCCAAGCUCGAGCUCGGGGACGAGUUGGAACCUGAUUUAGGGCUGAACAAGAUUUUCUCCGUGUGGUUUCCGCUGGCAAGGCGAGUGCGUGGUAUUAUCUUUUUGAAUAGGAUGUACGUCAGGCCGCAAAGUGAAUUGUAUGGGGAUCUGUCGGAGAAGGCGGAAGCCGCCCUCCGGCCACUGAGGCGCGUCAAGCGGUCCAAUCCGGAGCAGGCAGCAGAUGGGUCCACCGACGAGGAGGGAGCAUCUGCGCCGUUGCUGCAGUCGUGGAGAUUCAGGCGAGCACAGCGGGGAGACCGUGCGCCGCAGCAGCAGUGUCCAGAGGCCGCUGACGGCCAGCGCAGGAGGGCGGCAGACGGCGAUACCUCCGUACACGCACCCUGCGUAGUGGAGGCGAAGACACCGCGCGCCACCACAAGGCUGGCCCAGCGACUGGCCGUCCGCGACAAGUCAACCGGGACGCCAGGUUGGAGGGAACGCAAUCGAUACUCGGCGAACGCCGCCUAAUUACGCGCUCUGCCUUGUAUUGUUCUGUACUAUAAACAAAAGAACCUGGACGUAUAGUAUAUUUAUUGCUCAAUACAUAAUAAUACUGCCCUGA